AUGCAGUUGGGUGAAGUGAGCGAAUGGCGAUGUAGCAAGGAUUAUGCUUUUGGUAAGCAUGGCCUAUCGUCCAUCAUGAUACCUUCGAAUACAUCUCUGCGCUGCGUGAUUGAGUUGCUAGAUACUUGGCCGUCGAAUUUGUCGACUUGGUUCCCAAUCAACCUGGCUCGCGAACAUAAAGAGCAAGGCAAUACACUGUACAAGACUGAAUCUUUUGAACAAGCAGUGACAGAAUAUGAAAAAGCGUACUAUGCUCACAAGGAUUGUCCAACACAAUCAUUGGAAGAGCAACAAGCAUGCAAUGAUAUAUGUGUGACUGUGCUGACGAAUAUGGGCGCCUGCCAUCUCAAGAAGGGAGAAUGGGGACGCGCCAUUGAUGCGUGCAAAAAUGCUCUUUCCAUCGAUUCAAGCAAUGUGAAAGCAUAUUAUCGUAUUGCAGAAGCAUGCUUACAAACGGGCGAUUAUGAACAAGGAAUACAGUAUGUGAAUGCCGGGCUCAAGGAGUCAUCUGAAGAACCGAACAUGAAGGCCAUUUCAUCGAAAUUGCAAACAAAAAGAAUGGAUACGAAGCAGAAAAACUGCUUAUGGUAA